AUGGGUGGACUGUUCAGACGCUUAGUCCUUUUGGGAAUUAUUAAUCUCAUAGUAACUGUGGUACACAAUGUAGUGGCGGAAGAUGAUGAACUGGUUGCUGUAGCGCUGAUAUUCAGACAUGGAGACAGAACACCCAGGGUGUCUUUUCCGAAGGACAAGUAUUUCAACAUCACGUAUUUUCCAGAAGGACUCGGGCAGUUGAUAAAUUCUGGCAAACUGAGGUCGUACCAACUCGGCACGUAUAUUAGACAACGUUACAACACCUUCAUUUCCCAAAAGUACAAACCACAAGAAAUAUAUGUCAUAUCUUCAGACAGAGACAGAUCCCUAAUGUCAGCUGAAGCUAUGUUGGCUGCGCUCUAUCCACCUGUACCAGAAGACCGCUUUUUAGGCAAUCUUCUAUGGCAGCCAAUUCCUGUACAUUCCGUGCAAGACAAGUACGAUAAUUUCAUCCGAAUGACAGCCAAGUGCCCAAAGUUCGACAAGCUGUUGGAAGAAGCAAAUCGUGAAUUUGACAAACUGAAGGAAAAGUACCCGGAUGUAUUCAGAACGAUAUAUGAAAACACUGGUUGGGAUGUGGUGGAUAUAGGGCAUAUGAAGGAUCUGUAUACCACAAUGUAUGUUUACAGAACAAGCUUUCCAUCAUACGUACCUGAUUGGUAUAAAAGUUUAGAUGAGGAAAUUAUGACAUACCUUGGAGGCGCCAGUUUUGCUAUGCCAACGUAUAGAAGAGAUCUUCAGAGACUGAUGGCAGGUCCUUUAUUUAACUACAUGAUGAAUCACCUGAAUGAUGCUGUCGAAGGUAAAAAACCAAAGUUCCUGGUAAUAUCAGGACAUGAUACAACCAUAGCGCCAGCUCUGAACACCCUUGGAUGCUUCGAUUAUGAACCGCCGGAAUUCAGUUCUGCAGCUUUUUGGGAAGUAUACAGAUCGAAAGAUGGGAAACAUUAUAUGAAAAUAUUGUAUAAGAAGAACAGCGAUUCUCCAGCAGAGCUGAUUCAGAAGGAUGGUUGCGUCAGCAUAUUGCCUCUUGAGACUUUUAGAGCUAAUAUUGCACCGGUGCAAUUAAGUGAUGAAGAUUGGUGUCAAGAAUGUGUUUCGGCGGGAUCAAAGAACUUAGGAUCUAUCUUUCUACUAAUAAGUUGUAUUGUUUCAGUGUUCAGUCGAUAUAUUUGAAAAAAAUGUUUAGCCCAUUAAGGGAUUACAUUUACUGAGUCUACAAAGAAAAGUUCUUGCAUGAGGUGUAUGAAUUCUCUCCAAAUCUCAUCACGGAAAUUGGCUUGUUUCUCGAUGACGAAAUGAGUAUAGUAAUAAUGUAAAUAAAAAUAAAGAAACCUGAC